AGCGACCGGUGGAGGAGGAGGUGGAGGAGGUGGAUGAGGAGGAACAGCAGCAGCAGGCGGCGGCGGCUCCUCGUCCUCCCCGCCCGGGCCCUGAGCCUGCUGCCAGGCCGGAUCCCCAACCCCAACAGGGGUCCGUAGGCCGUGGGAACGACUCGGCACCAGGCUACAACGCGGAGAACCCAUACCACCGCAUGGACCUGGGCCGUGACCUCAACGGCAUGACCUUCGACCCCAUGCUGGACCACAAGGGCAUUUGCUGCGCCGAGUGCCGGCGUGCGUACCCGCACUGCCAGCGCGUGUGCGAGCCCCUGGCCGGCUACGAGCCAUGGCCAUACAACUACCACGGAUGCCGGGUCACCUGCAGACUGCUCAUGCCCUGCGCGUGGUGGGUGGCACGCUUCCUGGGCGUCGUCUAGGCGCUUGGUGGGUGGU